UCUCCUGUUUCCUCCAUUUUUAAAUAGAUGAUUGAUAUUAUCCAACGGUUAGCAAAAAAAAGCCAAAAAAUUUCUCUUAUUUUGUCAUCUCUCUACCUCUCUCCUCUUCACAGUCUCUUGAGCCAAAUUGAAGAAAUUUUUAGCAAAACAAACAGAUUUUAAGAACUCCAAAACAAAUAGAUUUAAGACUUCUUGGCCAAACAACUUCACCUCUUGAACCACAAAACAAACCCUUUUGCUUCAAAUCCAGCUAAUGUGCUAUAUCGCCUCUUCAAUCCCUUCCUUCACCGAUCUGAAAUCUCCAUGAAUCACAGGUCGGUGGUUCACGGCAGCGCACCGGCGGUCGUAAUUUGUGCUAUCUGGUUGUCGUGGCAAGUAGUUUGGGAUUAGACCCUGUAAUGUUGUCAUUUGCGGUGAGAGCUCUAAAAAUUGCUCUUUUUGAAUUGAGAGGAGUAUUUUCUGCAUGAAGCAGAAUUUGUUUUUUGCUAGCAGAACUCAGAACUUUCUGUUCUUGUAAUGAAAACAGGAUUAAAUCGACGUAAUUAUGUUGGAAUGGAAAUGCUAAGCCAAUUUGACCAAACAGACUCGAUUUGCUGAAAUGCACAAUUCUGGUUUGGAAGUUUGAAGAAGUUGAAGCAGAACAGUCAUUUCAUUAAUUUACCAUGCGUUGCAUAUAUGUCCAUAAUAUGUUCAUAUUGCUCUACCUUCUUAGUAUUAUUGUUAAUGGCCCAACUUCCGGUUACAGUCAUAUGGUUGACAGCAAGGUUUUAAAUGUUGGGGAGGAGCUGUGGAAAGAAACUCUACCACUACAAACGGGUUUGCGCCUUUACCAACUUCAAGGACUCAAACCUUAUACGUGGUAUGAAGUGAAGAUAUCAUAUCCAGCUUCUAUACCAGCUACUUUUUCCAUACAACUGAAGAGAGACGAUUCAGACUUGACUCUGAAUCACAACAGAAGAUUACUCAAUACUGAAAAGCUUAUUUUCAAGACUGAAAGUCUUGACUCACUUAGCAAUCAGGGUCGUAUCUCUGUGUUGGUGACUGUGGAACCUGAGGGGAUUGUUGCCAUACCACAUGUUCAGGAGAGGCAGUCCAUCAUUUUUAAUAUAGUUUGUGAUGAACUAUUCUUGGGUAUCCCGCACAAAGCUUGGUGGGUUGUGGUCUUGGUGUUGCUUUGCCUUGGAUUGGCAUUCAUUAUUCCAUCUUUUCUUCCCUCAUAUCUGCUACAGAAGAGCCAAAGUCCACGUUCAGUUAAUCAUAAUGUUUCCAAGGUUUCUUGAAAAUUCACUCAAGAAAAAUGUUAGGCUAGGAUUCUUGUCCUUGUUGUUUAGGCAAAAUUUUCUAUUAGCCUUGAUAGUGUGUAAUUGGAUACUAGUCUAGUACCCAAUGAGUUUUGUGAAAGCUACUUCAGGGAAUGAUGUCAAUUGUCAUAUUCAUCAGCCAAAUGUAGUUGGAUUGUCUGAGUCAUGCCUUGGCGCAUCCUUUUUACUUUUCCUGAGAGAAUGCUAGAGUAUAAAAUAUAUGGUGCUUAACAAUAUUAUGCAGUAAA